UUAAAAUAGAAAUGGGUAAUUGCUAGGCAUGUAUGAAUGAUCCAUAAAAUUUAAAUGAAUAUGGUACUCAUUAAAAUGCUAAACAAACAUCUUUGCAUUCAAUAGUUAGAAGAUCUUAGCCUUUUUCGAAAGCCUCAUUGGCAGAGAUUGUGAAUACUUCUUAACACUAAUUGAGAACAAGUCAAAAACCAUCAAUUAAUAUUUAAAAAGAGGCCUCACUAUCAAUGGUUGGUAAUGGUGUUGACAGUUAAAAAUAAAAAACUAAUUCUGAACAAUUAAUUUCAGUGCAUUGUCCCAUAGCAUAAUUAGCAUAACCUUGGGGUAGACCAGCAAGCGAAUUAUAAAACUUGAUUGGUCCCAAAGUUAAAAUGGUCCUUAGUAAAUUAAAAGAAUACUAGUAUACAAGAGGUGAUGAUCCAGAGGCAGUUCACUUGGAACCAUAAAUAUUUGAAUAAGGGAUGGUUUACGAUGGUUAAUGGAAAUAUGGAUUAAGACAAGGUCGAGGUAUGGAAUUACUUAAAUAUGUCAGGUAGACAAGUUUGGAGGGAAGGCAGUUAUUAUGAAGGAUAUUGGAAAAAUAGUUGCGCACAUGGUCAUGGUAGAUUAAUACAUGCAGAUGGAGAUUAUUAUGAAGGUGAAUGGGACAAUGACAAAGGUAAAGAAUAAUAAAUAUAUUAAUAGCACAUGGAUAGGGGAAAUAUGUGCAUGCUGAUGGGGCAAGUUAUGAAGGUUGUUGGAAAGAUGAUAAAUAAGAUGGAUUGGGACAUGAAAUAUGGCCUGAUGGCACAAGUUAUAAAGGAGCUUACAUUUAAAGUAAGAAGGAAGGACAUGGCAUUUUCAAAUGGCCAGAUGGAUCAUAUUAUGAAGGUGAAUUCUUAGAUAAUGCAAUACACGGAAUGGGAACAUAUGUUUGGGGUGAUGGACGAACAUAUAUUGGACAAUGGAGGUAAAAUAAAAUGCAUGGAUUGGGAGAGUUCAAAUGGGCGGAUGGAAGAAGAUAUAAGGGAUCUUAUUAGAAUGAUAAGAAACAGGGUUAUGGGACAUUUGAUUGGCGUAAAUCAGACAUAAUAUUCUUAAAGCUGAUGGAUCCAAGUAUGUAGGAGAAUGGCAUGAUGGCAAACAACAUGGGUUGGGUUCUGUUGUUGAUGAAAAAGGAGAAGAACAUAGAGGCAGAUGGGACAACGGAACAUUAUUGGAAUGGAUUACUUAAAAGGAUUGA